UAUAUAAUAACAUCAUAACCCAAGCCAAACAAAUAAAAACAGAGAAAGAAAAAAAAAAGGAUUCAAGAAGAAGAAACUAUGUCAAAGAUCAACAUUCUCAUCGUUGCAGCACUUUUACUUAGCUUCAUGGUUAUUGAUUCAGUGGCUCGUCCUGACUCGUCUCUCCAGAACAAACCUAUGGAGAAGGAGAUGGGUUGUGAACCUUGGGACUGUAAUAUGAGGAAAACGACGUCGGAUGCUCACCUUGAUUACAUAUAUACCCAACCAUUUCCUCCUAAACCGAAUGCAGCUAAAGAAAUGGGUUGUGAACCUUGGGACUGUAAUAUGAGGAAAACCACUUCGGAUGCUCACUUUAAAGUCAAUCCUUAAUUUAAGUAUCAAUCAGUAUUCCAUAUGUUAUCUUGUGAUAUAUAUGUAAUAAAGACUUAAAUAAAUGAAAUGAUUUUUUUUUCAUCA